AACUCAAGAUUGAACGAGUGCCCGAUCCUUCAGGUGAGUCAUACGUUGACCCAUACGAGCACGCCCUCACCAGCGUCAACACAUCCGAUAGACGAGCUCAUCGAGGCUGCAGCCGCGCUGUUUGCGCUGGCCAUGCGGGACGAUGGCGCUUGCAAUAGUCUCGUUGGGGCGACCUAAGCCUCCUAGUCCGAUGGCGCGAGCGAUGAUCAGAGCUGCAGUCCUUGCGGCAGGAGAGUUCUACCCCGCACUUGACCAGAGCGGACGCUGGUCGGAUACGCUCUGUGGAUGCCGCCGGGCGAGGAGCUCUUCGCGACGUAGGUGAACGGGGCUUUGUGGGUUCGUGUAUCGGCUAAUGCAGAGAGUCCGUAGUCCUGAGCAGCGCGACCAGGGUCUGAACGACUUCAUGGCGAGUCUGCCGGAAGCAGUCAAGCAAUACUACAAGGAUGCCUAUCUGCAAGAUUUCCCGGGUUUUGUGAAUGAGUGCAUGGGUAGUCCAAAGGGCAAAACGGAUGCGUGGUGGCUCAACAACUUCUGCGUUCACCCGGAAAGACAGAGGCAGGGUAUUGGGCGGCGGCUUCUUGAGAUCGUGAGACAGAAGGUAGACUCGCACCUCUCUCCCACAUGCGAAGGCGAGGGCCAAGUCGUUGCCCUCAGCGCGACGAGAGACGUCAACGCACCUGUGUACAAGGCAUACGGCUUCGAGCAGAAAGGCCUGAAAAAGAUGCUUUCGCCGUGGGGAGAUUGGCCGCUGUACGUUUUCGUGCUCGAUGCCGGCUGUCAGUGAGCCUCAGAGUAGCGGCAUACCAUAUGGAAAGAAGACCUGUUUGACGGAGGGAAGGGUGGUCUUCUGACUACAACGUGUCUGAGUCUACCAGAGUCUACCGUCCCCAAGAAGUGUUCUCCGAACGCAUAGAUUUUCGAGACGUACCAAUCAGGCUAGGUCUAGUCCCGCCGCAAGACCGUCCGCGUGGUGUGGGGUUUCUGUCGAACCUAAGGCUAGGUCUACACAGA